AUGGCGUCCGUCGAGACAAUCUCGGCUUCUGGAGAAAUUUCUCCUCGUUUCGAAAAACUUCUUCGAGGAGUGUCCGAUGAACUCAGCCCCGAAGAACUAAGGCAUGCCGUAUCGUCCAUAAAAACUAAUUUUAGGGGCAAGUUUGCGGAUCAAGGAGAACAAGAUUUGUACUCAUGCCUCCAAUUAUUCGCUAUCCAGGGUCUUGUAUCGGAGGACAAUCUGACUUUGUUGGAGGGGUUUUUGAGCCCGAAAGCGUCCAAGAAAAAUUCGCUAAAGGAAAAAAUUCAACAAUUUAAGGAAAACCGCCAACAAGAGGUCAGUUCUGGAAAGGAAGAACCAGGUUUGACCGGUAGGGAACGUGACCUAGAGAAAGUUAUGUCAAUGUUGAUAAAGGGAAGUUCGCGUGUUGUCAAUUUGCAUGGAAUUAGUGGAGUAGGCAAGACGAAAUUGGCAAUGGAAAUUGUUUCAAAGUGGCCAGGGAGGAAAUUCAAAGCCGAUUUUAGAGAAAUCACAGAAAUGAAAGACGUUCAUUUUCAUGUUUUAAACGCUUUAGCACCAGACAAAACGAUCAUAAGCUUCGAAGAAAAUCCAGUAGUUGAAUUAAUGAAACAGUUAAGGCAAGCAGAGCAACACAGUGACAUAUUACUGCUCCUUGAUAACGUCGAUAAAUUUGCAGGAGGAGAUGACGAAGCUUCCACCUCCCUUAAUGCCAAUUUUGUGAUGUUUCUGCAAGGACUUCUAGGUCCAAAGGAUUAUCCGGGGAAAUCGAAAUUGAAGAUCUUGUUGACAUCAAGAUCAACACUUCGUCACGCAAAGUUAACCAACGUCGAUAAUUACGAAGUUAUGGCCUUAGAGAAAGCUUCAUCAAGUGCUCUAUUCCAAAAUCAGAGAAUUGGCAGUGUUCGAGAGAGUCAAAUGGAGAAACUGUUGCAGAUGUGCCAGGGGAAUCCCCUCAUUAUUAAGGGAAUGGCAGCUAUCUUGAGGCAACAAAUAGCCGAUGACACCAGGAUUCUGGAAACGAUUGCGCAGCCACUAGCGGCCGAGCCACCAGAGUCGGGAAUACCAGCAGCAGAGGAGAGUCGAGAGAGAGACGUAUUUGACUCUGAAAAGGAAGGCAUUGAUAAAAAGCAAGAAAGCUGUUUAAGGAAAAUGUUUUUCUACUUGCCGAGUAAACAGUUAAAAGAUUCUGCCAUUUCAAUGUCACUGUUCUGUCGCUCUUUCUCUGUCGAAGCAGCAGCCGAAGUCCUUGGAGUGGACUCGUCAGAAGCUGUUAUACAACUAGAAGGCCUCAGGAAUAGUGAAGUACUAACGAUAGACCCUGACGUGAAAGAACUCACCUAUGACAUUCACCCUUUGUUGCGAACAUUUCUGAGAAGCAUUGGUAGUAACCAAAAAAUGUUCGUCAAAGUUUACGAGAAGGCAAAAGGCAGGUUUCAUACAUAUUUCAUGUCCAAAAUGGUAGACAUUUCCAGGCUUUUGGACAAAGACUACAUGAAUGCCUUCGAUAAUUUUGAUCUUGACAAACCGAACUUUGAACUUGCUUUGGAUAUUUCUUUCAAGUCAGACCAUCUUCUUAUCCCAAAAGAGCAUCGUGGAAGUGUUAUGAUCUUCUAUCUCUUCGAGGCCAUGCUUGACGAAAAAGCAAGAAAGAACAUUUUUAAUUGCUGGGCCGAAAAGGUCGAAGAAGAUGGAAAGGAAGGUAAACUUGUAUCAUUUACUAGAAAAAAGUCUUAGUUUACGUGGGGGGGUUUUUCUAGAGACUUUGGUAGUGUAAGUUAGCCGUCGACCUGAUGGAAAAACUAACAGAUAAAACUGACUAAACUCGACUGAGAAAAACAAUUUAAUUGACUCUAGCUGACUUUAGCUCAGAUUGUCGAAACUUCAGUCACCACUGCCGACAACAGUCCUUCUCAGGACUUCACUCACCCGGACGAUUAGACUACACGAUUAAAGGUACUUAGUGAAAUCUGAUCCUUUCGGUAAGGAGCCUAUAACCCUCUCAUUUUGUCCGAAUCUGUUUAAACUCCCAAAGAAUCUUUCACGGUAACGUUAUACAGGGUAUAAGAACUAAGAUUCAGUAUGUUUUUUCUCAGUUUUGUUAACGAAGCUCGACAAGGUCGUUUGUCGCAAUAUGCGCAUCUUUUUAUCUUGCAAAAGGUAACUUCCCGAAUUGGGUCAAGAUGCAUCCCUACCCAGACUUUCCUUAAACGCUGCUUAAGUUUACCAUCAUUGACAUUCUAAUGAGAAAUAAAAAUGCUCUCUGGUUAAAAACGUGCACAAAACUUAGAGGGAGAGAAAAGCUUUUUUCCCUUGUUGUCUUUCUAGGUUCCUUGCUUCGAGCAGAACUAAAAUGCCGCGAAACUUUGACGGUUCUUAACCUUGAAGGAUGGCAGAGAGCAUUGACAGUUGCGAGGAGAGCAAAAGAGUCGCUUAGCAAAGUGCAGAGGGAAAGUAAGAGCACAGAUUCAUUUAAGUUGACCAAGAGUUCCUACCUGUACGCUAAGGGUGAAGUGUAUCACAGAGCAGGAAAUAUGGCAAAGUCACUGAGGAUUUUGCACAAGGCGCUGAAGAUAAUGGAAAAUGAACUUCAAGGCCACACAAGCACUUCAAGGUGUUUAAACGCCAUUGGAAACUGUCACAACAAGCUAGGAGAACAUGACGAAGCCAUAAGUUACUACACGAGAGCAUACGAUAUGAGACAGCAGCUCUCUGGCUCAAUGAAACAUUUUGACAUGCCCUUCUUCAAAGGACAGAUCGGAACGGUUUAUGAAGGAAAGAAACAAUUUGAAAAGGCAAUCGAAUACUACAAAGAGGCCUUAGAGCUCGCUAAGGAACUAAAAAUCCCAGGCAUGGUGAACACCGCGCUGUACAAUCGAAACAUUGCUAACGCGUACUGUUGGUUGAGAAACUUUGACGACGCCUACCAACCCGCAAAGAACGGUUACGAGAUCCGGAAGGUCGUUUUGGGAAGGCACCCUUGGACUGCACGAAGUGCUUUCCAAAUGGCGGAGAUUUGUCGAAGCUUGGAGGACUUUGACGAAGCGGAAGAGUUUUAUGAGCAAGCAUGGGAGAUUGAGAAGUCUCUGGGCCAAGGAAACCACAGCGAGGUCAUGGUCAGAAUCAUUGAGAGCUACGAAGCGAUGCUUCUCAAAGGGAAGAGGAAAGAUCAGUUUCGACAAGAAGUAUUCGACUUUUAUCUACGCUACUGGAACGAAGAAAGGGCCUUCGAAGGUUUUGAGUUUUCUCCCGCCAACAAGCGAGUUAUUGAUUCAAUAAAUGAAAGGCUUGAUGAAUUUGGCGACCUGCAAACAAAGAAGAGAUACCAGAAAGAAGCUCUAUGGUUUUAUGAAGGCGCGUGGAAUUCACCCGACACGAGAAGGUUACCAGACACCGCCAGAGAGGAAGUUCUGCAAACUCUCUGCGGUCUCUGUAAACAGCUUCGCGAGAAAAAUAUGGCCGAAAAGUACAAUAACCAAGCCUUUCGAUUUUAUGAAAAGAAGUGGAAAAGGGACAAGGAAGGGAUGUCAGAGCGCGACAGAAUCGACAUUCUUACCACUCUUGUAGACAUGGCUACAUCACAGAUGAAAGAGAAGAAGAAACAGAAGUAUGAGAGUUUGUUAAAGGUAUGACAAAGUUCUUUAACCGAUCAAUGCAUUACAUUAAAUUGAACGGGUUUUAGUUUAGAGAUAUAUGUUUUUCAUCUUGUCACGAGCGUGGGACAAAGGAGGGACAUGAGGAAUCGAACCUCAAACCUUCAGAUUCCGCGCUCCAAUGCUCUACCAUUAAGCCAUAGAGACUGUACGGUGAGCGAGAUCUAUUACGAAGUUCUUGUGAGUUUGGUUUGGUAAGUAUGAUAGUACGAUCAUUAACUUUCAUUUGUAUUUCGCUCUAUUAUUUGUUGAACCGAGCAACCUCGCGAAAUCUACCCAGCCAGUCUCCUUGUGGAACAGAUGCAUCCCUGACUUGCCAAAGGCGUUGUCCUUAUAUUGCCCAGGCAUGCUACAUUAUCCUUGGUGGCUCAACAUACUUUGCUUUUUAGUAGCGCUUUUACGUUACUUAGAUUUGGACUAAUGGCGAUUCUUUGAACUUUUUCCCGUUUUAACACUCACUCAGGAAGCCAAACAGAGCGGAACUUUGAUGGGAACUGUGAAAGGAUUCCUUUCUUUAGGAGCAAAAGGUAUUUGAUGAGGAAAUACUUUGACCAUAAGUUGCGCUUAUAUUAAAUAACGAAAGACACACGCGUUCUAUCGGAAACAUUAGUUAAAAACGCUUGCAAUUACGCUUAUAAAAAACGUGGUUAACCAGGUUUUUUUUAAUAAGCGUACUUGCUGGCGUUUUUAACCAAUAUGUUUUAGAGAACAUGAGUGUCUUUCGUUAUUUAUGAGCAUGGUUGAUGUUAUGUAAGGUUCGUCAUUCCACGGGGCGUGGGCAAACAAAGCUUUAUUGUUAUUGUUUUUCAAAUGCGGGAUUUGCUUUUCAUUGGUGAAAUCUUUUUCGAACAAAAAAACUAUUUUAGAAGCUGAACAGGUAUCUAGUGAGGACGAUGAUGAUGAUAAUGAAGUUGACAUUCCUUACGAUGAUGAUGAUGAUGAUGAUCUCGAUAGUAGCAGUGGUAGCGAAGAGAUUCCAGAGGCUAGUUGGCAAGUGCAACAACUAACAAUUCAGGAAGAAGAUGGCGAAGAGUUAGAAAGUGAGCAGGAACAAGAACCAGAUAGGACAAAGAUACACGAGUAAGUGAAAAUGAAUGAAUUGCCAGGAAUCGGAUCCAUGCGUUUGCGCAAAGAUUUAGGAUCGCCACGGGGCAAACAUAACAAGUUGAUGUAAGGAAAUAUGUGGCCGAAGAUUUUUCGACAUCCAAAAAACACCAUUUUGGAGAGAGAUCGAUGAUUUUUCGUCGCAUUUUUAUUAAAAAUAGAUUAGACAGUGUUAAUAAGAGGGAACUGUAAGAUUUUGUCAGAGUUACCACGAAAUCAUAUGUUAUAAAGUAUACCGAAGAACUUCUCUCCUUGCGUAAGGUCUAUUAAAAAAAGAAACAUACAAAAUUGAUUGUCUGAGGGCCGUAACCAACUCUAGGUGCAAGGCCUUAGAAAGCUUCACGUCCGCUUGAGAUGUGGGCUGAAAGAGAAAAAUAAGAGAGGGAAAGAUCAGCAGUUACGUGUGCUGGCUUAGGUCGCGUCGGACGGCAAAAUUGUUGGCUUUUGGGAAAGAAACAAGUUUGGAAUCGUAACAAAUUGAUUUUAUUUUUCUUAGUGUAUUUAGUUGAAACGGUUACUUUCUUAACCCUUUAAUUCCAAGAUCUCAUCAGUAAUUCUCCUAACUGUUUGCUAUAUACUUCUUGCGAUGUUAGUUCGGAGAAUUUGGUAUUGGAUCAACUAAUCAUCCCCUAAUUAAUAUUUUUCUUUAUUCUCAUCACUUGUCUGCUUGAUAUUGUAUUGAUAUUGUAAAGAGAAAUCCUGUCUUGUUGACUCAUGGGAGUUAAAGGGUUUAAGAGCGAUAGAUAUACGGGACCUGAGCCUGGCAGUCAGCUUGCAAUCCAGGAAUUAUGACAAAAAAACUGAACCAAAAUGAAGGCAGUGUUGAUGACAUUAUGGAUUACAAUUCCAGCGAAAAAAAUCUCUUUUCUAUCCAGUUGAUUUCAUUUUCAUUCAUGGUAUUGUGAUUAUUUUCAGAGGAACACUCACUAGCGAGGACGUGCAUUGGAACAUCAAGCUAGGGGCUGUACAUCUAGCCUUUCCUCGUGAUGCUGUAUCUGAGCCCACCCUGAUAACGGUUCAUCGAUGGAAACCCACGGUCCUGUCACCGCCUUUACAGGAGCACGAGGCUCUCGUCAGCAACGUGAUUGAAAUUUCUUCGAACAGUCACGAAGCUUUCAAAUUUGAAGCUGAAGUUAAGAUGUCAUUCACUCACAGUUCUCCCGGCCUACACGGCUACGAGUUGGUGUUGUACAAACGGAUUGACAACGAGACUGGUGCAUGGGAAGAAGUGACCGAUGUGGAAGACUUCAAAACUAUCUCAGGUUGGAGGGAAAGCCUUUAAAUUUGUUCAUGUUAAAUUACAGAUAAACAAACUUGAUGCAUCGUUGAGUGUGUUGGUCGAACAUGGAUGGAUCUGCGAGAAAAUCUGCCUCCAGGAAUGUCUUAACAGAGGGUAGCAAAGGGGUGGGGUAAAGGGGGGGGGGUUUGAUCCCAUUUCACGCGUCACGUAUAAUAAGGGAAAACUUCCUAUCUUUCUUCUUGUGUACCAAGUUUCAGGGAAAUCUUGAGGUUUUCACGAAAUGAAAGAAAAACAAAAAAACGGAAUACGCGUAUUUUAAGAGACAAAUCACGCCUCACGUUGGUUCAUAAUUUCGCGAAUCACGCUCGCCUUUUUCUGUGAAAUUCAAGUGUUGCAUAUCAAUUUUGUCCCUAAGCACUAGUCACGUUUAAAUCCUUUGCCUCCCUCUGAACGUAGCUCAUGAGUAUGCUAGAUGAUUUUAAAAAGGUUGCUGGCUGCCACUAGUGAAGCCAAAUAUUGUUUGACUGGUAACAGUCAAAGUUGGUGUAGUUAGCCCCACGGUGAACACGGAAUAAAUAUUUACGCUCUAAAAUAUUGUGAAGACAUUUUUCAGAGCGACUCUUAAUAAUGGUGAGCCAUUAAGAAAGAAUUCGAUAGGUAGUUUUCCUUGUAUUUCUUGGUCAGGACUCUUCUGAAUCGUUGAGCCAGGUUUACACUAAAAUUAGCUCCCUGUUAACCUUGUCUAAAGACUAAGGACCGCUUAUUUACAUGAGGUCUAGCCCAAAUAAUGGUUUUACGCAAUCAGUGGGCCUCAGGUUUUUCUCUAUAGGAGGGUUGAUUUAGUUAGAUAAAUGUCUUCCACUGUUGGCUUCCGGCCCUCUUGACACUAUUCACAAAAAUUAAUGCCCAGAUAAAAGGUUCAGCUGAGUUAACAAUUGCUUAGGACGCGGUUUUGUUGAACUACGGCUAAACUUUGUUUAAAUAAUAAAACCUUAUUGUUCGUACUUGUAAGUCUUUGAGAAUUCUUAUUAACUCGCCCUCAUUUAUCCUUUCACUAGAUGCCUAAAAAUUAACUUAAUCUAUAAUAUAUUUGUUCUUUGCUUUAUUGAUAUAGAUUUUGAAGAAGAAUAUCAAUCUAGCCAAGACAUUCCCAAUUUACACUUUCCUAUUGUGCAAGCGGAUAUAACAGAAUGUGCCACAUAUGCUGUUGUGAGUCGUCUGCAUCUUUCCCCUGAAUUCACGAUCACAUCAAAUGGUGGUUCCUUUUUCAUGCCUGAAUAUCCAAGUAUAGGUAUUACUAUCCCGAAAAAGGCUGUUACUUCGAAAACAAGGAUUCCUCUUCGAAUGAAGGUACAGACUUUUCCUGAAAUGUAACAGAUGCGAGGGGCAUCUAGUGUCAUUACAGUAAAUGUUCGUGAUUGUUUAUCUUUAAGAACUGAUGGUUGAAGUGUCGAGUCGUUUGACAAGCGAAGUCCUAUUGACAAGUUUUGGUAAAUCUUGGGACUAAAACGUUUCGUUGUUUUGUUCCCUGAAAAUGUACUUUUUACCUUCUUUUUGUUGCUUGAGUCUGUCUUCUACCGUUGGAGAUUCAUGCAACACUUAAAUAAUGAAUUUAAAAAUGAGUGUGGGGAAAAUUCUCCCCUUUUCUACUUUACCUUACCGCAACGUAACUUGUUCUUAACCUAACGAUUCCUUGGGUUUUCUCUUUUUGACAUAAUUUUACCUUUAGGUGCAAGAAGUACCAAGUGAAGAGUUUGAGGCUAACGAUAUACUUAUUGGACCUAUACUGCGAAUAGUUUGCGACGAAACGGUUGAGUUCUUGAAGCCCGUUACCAUAACGCUGCCCGUUUCGUUGGGAGACACGCACUAUGACUUUCCUGAUCCAACGGCAUGCCGGGUUAGAAUUUUGUUUCUGAGUUCUGAUGGUGAACAGAAGGAAUGGAAGGAAAUCACCGACGAUUUGAAAAAUCCAGUGACGUUUGACGGGAUGACAGUUAAUUUUCAAGUGGAACGCUUCUCUGGGUAUGUAUGUUUAUUAAUUGCACCAAAUGUGGAUCGCUGGUUUGCAAAUCGUCAUUUGCAUACCCCCUAAUGGGAGUAUUUCUGGACGUGGUAAUCAAGGAGAAAAACCGCUAUUUUCUUAUAUAUUAAAGUUCACACGGCAACCAGGUGGACAAUCAAACAUUGAUGCUACUCUGGCUUACAGAUUUAAUGAAUACAACCGAAGAAGUUACAAUUCACAGACCCAACGUUUCGACACUCCUGUUUAGUGCCUUCAUCAGGGGUGAUCUAAAUUCUAAAAUUAUCACCACUAAUCGGCGUUACCACCAGCGCCUUUGUUUGGAAGCUUGGCAUAUUAACUCCGCCCACGUUCCUUUAAAUCGUGACGAUGGCGGCUUACUUCCUAACGCCUAUUUACACCUCGUCAUUAAAAAAGGUAGCUAAUUAGUGAUCAUAUGAAAGGACCUCUUGUUGCAGCGUUUAGAUCACCCCUAAUGAAGGCACUAGACAGGAGUGUCGAAACGUUGGGUCUAUGAAUUGUAACUUCUUCGGUUACAUUCAUUAAAUCUGUAAACCAGAGUAGCAUCAAACUAUGUCUGCUAUUUUCUUGUUAAAAACUGGAAUGUGGUAACCUCAGAACUUUUUCACAAAGAAGUUUUUCGUCAACUUUUAGUCUAGGUUUAGAAAGUAUCGAAGUGAAGUUGAUUUAUUAAGCGAGCACUCGGCUGCGGACAUAAUAACUGAUAGUUAGAUAGGAGUUUCAGCAUGUAUUUGGAAGAGUUCUUCCUAUAAAUAAUUAAGAUGCUGAAGCUUCGAACUGAGCUAAGGGAUCUGCAUUUUUCCCCCUCGAAUGCAAAGACGGACAAACGAUAGACAAAGCUGGAAAAAACUCUUAGCAUCAGACCUACUUUAUGAAAGGAAACCCUGUCUCGCGUAUUACCAUCGUGAUACCGUCUUUUGCAUCUUUUAUAUCAUUCUUUAAACAAAGAAAAAAGUACACUCUUCCUAACUCAAUUUUCUUAUUUGCUGUUUCUUGGGGAGACGUCGCUGAAAUCCCAAACAACGGCUGAUAAGGAGGGGAAAGUACUUGCAGAUCAGAUCUGGUGCUAAGUUUGCAGUUUACAUACAGUUCUUGAACUUUUAUUACAGGUACUCGUGUCUUAUUGAUUGGUGUGCAGAGAGCGUCAGUUAUAAAGGCGUUAUCGGAUAUCUAUCGAACCUUAUUUGGAACCAACCUCAGCUGGCAUGGUUCUUCGCUUACUUCCCUCCCGAAGAACGCCCUGAUUCUCAAGACAUCCUUUUCCUAAUUUGCUGCCCGUCUCAACUUAGAGAAAAGGUGCUGGCUGAAAUUAAGGAUCGAGCUAAUGUGCCUACUCCAAGCGAUUCAAGCAUCGAGAUGAUUCCUGGGCGUGAUAAGGCUUACGUCUCCCUCACAGGAGGGAUCAAAGCGAUUGAAGAAGAUGACAUGGAGGAAUUUCAUCUUCAGUAAGUUUUUAAAAACGCUUUACUGAGAAAAACCACCAGUAUGCUAUCGACCUGAAGUUUUAUACCAGUAGGUUUUUUUUUAAAUAAUGCCAAGAGGGCCGGAAACAUAGGGGAUUUUGUUUAAUCAAAUUCAAAAUAGCAAUCAGCAGAGAGUUAAGUUGAGUUGUUAUUGAUAGAAUUUAACUCAAACUUUGACUUCAUAAAUUUGGUUUUUUCUGAUGUAAACUGCAGGUGCUACAGAGCCUAGAGAAAUAAUUAAAUUCUAAUGCAGAUUAUCACUGUACACUCGCUCCUAGCUCCCCGUUUCCAGUUCCUCGUUGGGCGUGUACGUAACAUCCGUGCUAUUUUCUCUGCAGGAAAACGGCAAAGAUUCUUGCUAAUAAAUACAUCCUUUUUCGUGCUGAUAAGAAUUAUUUUUAACAGGUUUAUAAGUGAUGACCUCCAUAAAGUUCAAGUUCCAAUCCGUGUCAUUGAUGAUAAAGGACUUUCAGGGGUGAAGUUUUUCAAAACACCGAAGUUUGAAAAAGGCACUCUGCUAUGUCGAUUGAAUUUUCGAGUAUCGCCUCUCAAGAGAAAGCUGAAGGUAAGAGGUUUAUUUGUAGCUUUCUUGGUACAAAUUGUCACUGCCUUUUCGAUUGCUGUACAGUUUUUGAACGUGUUUUUCAUACAAUUCCUUUUUGUUCAACGACGGUAUUGAGGAUGACAGUAGCAAAAUUCCGAUCAACAGUACGGUAGAGUGUAUAUCCAAAGCCGACAUUUUUCAGGGGACAAAUGAAUACAGGGGUAAGUUUCUAAAGAAACUGUGGUGCUGCGUCGGUGGGAGAGUAUAGCAGGUAAUUUAGUGUCAACAACUGAGUUAAUUCAUACUGACGUUUCGAGCGUUAGCCCUUCGUCAGGGCGAUUGAAUCGAAGGGCUCUGACGAAGGGCUAACGCUCGAAACGUCAGCUUUUUACCCUUUACGGUGGCUAUUUACGUUUUCAACUCAGUUGUUAACACUAAAUUACCUGCUAUUUUUCAGGGGACAGUUUUGUGUGUGGAUGAAAUAGAGGAGGAAAAUGAAAAAGAGGGAAAAGGAAAGGAAAUGCAAUACGAUCACGUAACAUUUCAAAUGGAUUUUAUCAUGCAUGCAUGCAGAGUACAUGGCGGAAUUCGUAGAAAAUAAACAUAUGCGUCUUGAGAAUUAAACAUCUACGAUCUCAUAAAACUAAAUAACAACAUAGUGCUUUUUAUUUAUUUUUAGAAAAUAGCAGUGGAGUUUUUUGGCAUUCCUGUCAAUGACGAAAUCUUGUCAAAUCCGCGUCCUGAGCAGGUUCUGGUGAUUGGAAAAAAAUUCGUUGGUUCAGGGGUGUAUGACGAUCUCCUUUCCCGCUUCGACAAAGGCAACAUGAAUCAGAAGCAGACAAUAAAAAGCUUCUAUGAGGCUCUUGCGGGAUUGAACAUCGAGACCCAAGAUGAGUGCUUUGAGGCCCUUGUCAAGGAACUGAACGAAUACAAAGUAUACGGAUUUGUGGUGGAUCGACUUAAGGAAGGUAACGACAUUAAAAGGUCAAACAAUUUUAAUUUGAGUGUGAAAAGUAAUUCAAGACUAGUUUGGUUUUGUUUUACUUCCCUUUGUAAUUGGUUCAUAAAACAAGUGCCACUUUUUCUAAUUCAACCGACCAUAUUCAAAAGUAAGGGCAAUCGUGACUUUGUCGUUUGCGUUUCUCCGGGCUAUGAGCAGUUUGCUUGUUCUAACUUUAAUAAGCUCCCAGUAAUGUUUUCCUUUGAUCGGCGGUUGUGAUAUAAAUUUGGUUAAGGUUUCACGACACUCAAUUGAAUGGAGCUCUGAUGGAUAAUGGGUUCACCCGUUCACAACGCUUGACACAUCACCUUUACUCUUAGAAGUUAUUAACGCCUGAAUUUUCCUCACUGUGUUCAUACAUUGUCUGGAGUACAAGUGAAGAGAAUUGACGAGCUCAUCACAAAUAAUUUUCUCUAUAUUGCAAGAAUAUACAAUAAAGAGAAUUACCCUGAUAUCCCAAAUUCUAAACAGGUUUGACUUAGUAUCAAUGUUGUUGCAAUUUUUGAUGUCACGUACCCUGCGGAGCCCCCCUGCGAAAUGUUAGUCAUUCUUGUAAAUGGGGGCACAAGGUUCUACGUUCAACGAAAUGUCUCGCGCACUUGUCCUUUUCUGACCGCAGGGCUGAGCCCCGACCAAGUCCUUGGGAAAUUAAUCUUGCCAAGGUCCGGGCUCAGCCUGGGAACUAGAGGGGAGUUUACGGUAAGUCUCCCUUGAUACCAUGCAAUCAUGUCCAGUUUAACAGAGUCGAGAUCGCAGAGGGGCUAAGCUUGGUUGAUUUGCUCUCGGAAAGGGGUUUGUGAUACAAGAAGUUAAUCAGUUAGUGGCAGGUUUCUGAUCUGAUAAUAAAGGCAGAAUGCACGCAGUCCAUUUGGAAUUUUUUAUCAUAUUCCUUUUCGCCCUUCUAGGUAAAGAUGCUGUUUGCAAAUCAUUGAAGACAAAUGCGGACGUGAAGAAAAUUGUAUCAGAAAAAGUAGAGUAUCAUUGGAAAAACCUGGCAAGAGAGCUGGGGCUUGAAGAUGGAGGAGUUGAUGCGAUAUCUGUGGAAGAGAAAGAUAAAUGCGGAGAAUGCUGUUAUCAAGUUCUACAAAAAUGGUGCGAAGAGAACGGCGAAAGGGCGACGAUCAGAAGAGUCAUGGUGGCUCUGACUAGAGUAGGAUUAGCGGACAUCAACAACGACAUUGUAGAUUGUCUUAAUUUGAGACGUCAGGAUCAAAUGGAGUUAGACUCAUAGAACUGAUAAAAUUGGAAGAAUUUAGCAUUCAAUUUGUAUCUUCAAGGACGUGUCUUUGGACUUCCUUCAAUGCACAAUGUACCUUGGUACACACGAGACGAAACGAGCAAUCACGUGAUGCCAGACAUGUUACGGUCAGAAUAACAUCAUGCGAACACUCUUACGGACAAUAGAAAAUUUGCAUGAUUUGACCAUGUAACUUUGUUAUGCACACACAUACGCACCCAUGUGGCUUUGGAUGAAGACUGAUGGCAAAAAUUGAAAAAAGUUUUGAAAACUUAGUAAAAGUUUGAAUUUUUUAAAUGUAAAUUGAGAUCUUUGGACUAUUUGAAAGUCUGGUAGUAGGGAGAGUUCGCAAUUCAGCUCUCUUUUAUCCUCAGAGGCGUCGCUGUAUGUAAAACAGAAAAAAGAAAAACAUUUUCACGUAAAAGGUCGCUCAAUUAUCCACCCUUCUAAGUCUAAGAAGGCCUUAAGCAUUUGGGCGAAAUUACCUAUAAAUUUUAAGAGUAUUAGGCCCAAAGUACAUGUUACAUCUAAAUUUGGCUUACUGGCUAAACUUUAUUCCUAGUACAUAUAAAUAUGUAGAUCAGUAUUUGUGCAUCCAAUUUUAGUAGGGAAUGUUGUACCAUAUGAUACGAACACACUGAAAAUUUGUUAUUCUUUCAAACCCGCGGCUGUAAGUUUUAGAGAUGAAUUAAUUUAUAAACUGCAUAACAAUACUUGUAUGCAUUUUUUAAAAAACAACUUCUUUGCAAGUAAUUUCUGAAUCAGAAAGUUGUGGGUAUUUUGCUGUUACUAGCAAUUUGGACUGAGUUUGGCACACCCAAA